UAAUGUUUUGUUCCAUACAAUAAUGACACUAUGCGUUAGACUUGGUUAAUAUUUACGUUGCAUUAAAUGAUCUAGUUGUCAGAUUUUCAAACCAAGCUUGAAGCACACCAAUGCUUUAUACAAAAACUGAACAUUCAGCCAUAUUUUAUAUAGAAUUAAUCAAUUUUAGUUGUUUGUUAUAAGGGCAUCAAUAACAGUCGCAAUUAGCACCAUCAACAAAACUAUCUCAUACUACCAACAAAGAAGCACGUAACAAAUUCACAAGCUCUCCUUCGUCUGGGCUGAAAACAAUGUCGCUACUCGACGCGAUUGGCGAGCUUACGAUUGAAACACAAAUCGGAAAAAUCACAGGCGAAAUUGUUCAAAUUGGCGACCAAAAAGUGGCGAGAUUUCUCGGAAUCCCCUAUGCUCAGCAACCAGUAGGAGACCUCAGAUUUGAACCUCUGCAAGCCUUAGAAGGAGUUCUAAAUGACGAGAACGGAGGUCCGUUUAAAGCAAAUAAGAGAGGGAAUUCGCCUUUCCAAACUCAAAGAAGCAUCUUUGCUACAAAACUACCGAUGUCAGAAGAAUGCAUAUAUUUGAACAUUUUCACUGUAAUUAAUGAGGAGAUCCAAAGCGAUCCGGCUAAAAUGUGGCUACAAAAAUUGCCAGUGUUUUUCCAUAUACACGGAGGAUCUUUCGUCAUGGGCAGUGGAAGCGAAACGUAUUACGAUUUGUCAUAUUUCGCAGUGACUCAUAAUGCUAUUGGAGUGAGCAUAAACUACAGGCUGAACUACUUUGGCUUCAUUAGCAUUCCAGGGUGGAUUGAGGAGAAUUUGGGACUGCUGGACCAACAGUUUGCGCUCAAAUGGACCAACGAAAAUAUCGAGGGUUUUGGAGGGGACCCAAAAAACGUCACCUUAUUUGGUUGCUCGGCAGGAGGAGCUAGCGUCCAUUACCACAUGUUAUCCAAGGAGAGCAGCAAGUACUUCAAGAGAGCAAUCUCCAUCAGCGGGGUCAUGACUAGGGCAUGGAGUCUAUGUCCAAGAGCUAAACAGAAGAAAAAGAUAGACCAACUUCUUGAAAAAUUAGGCUGUCCUAAAAACACAACUCCCGAAGAUGUGAAGAAGUUCCUGAAGAAGGUAGAUGCUGAAGAAAUUAUAAAAUUUUUCCCAAACGGAUUGAGUUUGACCGGGUUGCAGUUUAAGCCUGUUGACGUGUUUGAAAGUGAAAAUAAAUCACGGGAUUUCAUUUCCAAGAAACCACUCCUUCUUGGAAUCUGUGCGGAGGAAGGCAACUUGUUUCCGGACCUGCUAUUCCCAAGAUGUGAUACUUCUUCGCAAACGAGCUCGCGCCAAACCAUAGCGAAUGCAAUGUCAGAAAAAAUUUUCUUCGAGCCGCUAAGAAAACUUCUCUCAGAACUAGUCGAAAUGCCUCAAAACCCGACGUACGUCUACCUCUUCGACUACAACUGUCAAUCAAGAAGCGAAGUUUACCCGGAAGAGUUCAUGCGCAGUUACUAUGGAAAAUUCCACUCGGUGGACGUUCAGUUUGUUCUAGGCUUUAUGAGACCAGACAUUAAAGCUCUUAAACCUAACGAAACUGACCUUGAAGUAGCGAAAUCUAUGAACAAAAUGAUCGGUUCAUUCAUCAAGUGCUCGGAUAGUUGUGACGAAGACUUGCCAAUUCAAAGACACGUGAAAAACAACGAAUGCGUGAACAGAAUCACAGAGACUGGGAUUUCAGUGGAAUUUAAUGACUGCUUGAUGCAAGUGAAAAAUGUGUCUUUAUUAAAAGUUGCAGGUUGUGCUAUGCUUCUGAAAGCUUUUCCUAAUAAAUUUUGAUUACCAAGUAAAAUAAAUG